AUGGAGGUUGCGGCUCCUCAGCCAACGCCAUCGACAGAUCUAGUCACCAACACCAUGGACAUUGAUAUGGACAUUGAUUUGGGACCUUUCCCUGAAGGAGAGGCUAUCGAAAUGGAUCAUGUUAACCACCAAGCUUUCGCGCCAGAAUUCACAGCCGAGAAUGGUGUCGUUGACCCCCAGACAGCUGAAGCACACUACGAAAAGGUGCAUAUUCGUGGUGUUGACGAAUUGACCACAGAUAACAUCAAGCAAUUCGCUCUAAACUAUUUUUCCGAUGAAGAACCCAGUCGAAUUGAAUGGAUCGAUGAUAUGUCGGCAAACAUCGUUUACUCUUCCGACGAGGUUGGCUUGCGAGCUCUUACUGCACUCACACAGCUUGGCGAAGAGGACAUAUCCGCACUUCCCGCACUACGUUUACGUACAGCCAAAACAUGUUUAUCGCAUCCAGAGUCGGUCCUGCAGGUGCGGUCGGCAGUGAAAACAGAUCGUAAGAAACCACGAGCUCAUGAGUCCAGUCGAUUCUAUUUGAUGCAUCCUGAACACGAUCCACGCGAACGUUUGCGCCGUGAACUCGCGGAGAAGCGUCGCCAAGGAGGCAGGCGUGACGAGGGCGAUGGAGACUAUCGGCGUAUUCGCUUUGACGAGCGUGAACAUCGUCGGCGUCGAAACAAAACCGACGAUGGAUUCAACGCGAGCAUGUAUGAUGAUGAUGGUGCAGACCCGAAUCGACGUCGCGCUUCGAGCGAUGACUUUUCAGAGUCGGAAGGACGACGGAGACCUAGAAGAGAGAGACGCCAACCGCAAGAGCUUUUCCCUGAACGUGGUGGCAGUGGUGGGUCAGGUCGACUCCGGGACCGUAGCGCCUCUCCAGGACGAGAUGAUUUGGACGCAAUGCGACGGAGUGAUGAUGAGCAGCAGCAGGUUCGAAGACGGUUCCGCGAACGGUCGCCUAGGUUCUCUAGUGAAAGCCAUGCAAAGAACAACAAAGAGUUGUUCCCUGAAAAAGACAGUCAAGAUACCAGAGAGUUGUUUCCAAACAGGACAGCAGCAAGCUAUCUUAAGAAAGAACUUUUUCUGAACAAGACGAACAGCAAUCAUAGGCGGACAGAUGCAUUUGAUGCUGCAGAUGAGACUGCUGAUCUGUUCUCGAGGAGAAUAAGUAUGCCUCUUAUUGACGGAGGGCAUGAUGAGAUAUAUAUCAAAGGAGCUUCUAAUGACCAAGGCAUGGCUCUUCGCGGUCUUGCAGGAGGAAGAGGAAAUACACAAACGGUCAAGGAAUUAUUCCCCGAUAAAUACAAUGCCAAUGCAGGAAAGGAGCUCUUCUCGAACAAACUGGAAGGGCGUGGAGGGAGAAGACGUCGGGCGGAGGAUAUGUUUCAAUGAAGAUUCUUCUGGCUAGGCAUGGAGGAGGAAAUGAAAUUGUGAGGGAAACAUGCCACCACACUUAAUCACAUCCUCCUUUCGCCACACCCAACUCAGCAGUUUUGAUGCAGCUUUUACUUUGGACCGAGGGCAUAAAGGAUACAAUACCACGAUUCUGCCUUUUGUG